AUGCCUUCUCAAAAUCAUAAUCGUGAAGUUAUUAUUAAACUCUCUAUCACUAGAACCCAUACCCCUCCUCCUGAUUCCACCACCACCACACCUAUCACUUCUAUUGAAAAAACCAUUUGUGUUAAAAGAGAAUUAUUCACUAAAAUCAAAUCGAAACCAGCUUUAACUGAAUUCUUAAAUAAACAAUUACCUGGUUAUUUAUCUAAUAAUGAUAAUUAUCUUGUUUAUACUCGUAAAUCGAAAAGAAAUAAAGAUUUUGUUUCAUUAAUUACUCAAGACGAUUUUAAAUCCCUUGCCAGAAGCUUGAAAGUUAAGAAUCAUGUCAAAUUAAAUGUUAUUGAUACAUCAACACCUCCUAAAGUGAAUAAUACUAACCAGGACAACAAAAACAACGACAACAACAUCAACAACAACAACAACAACAUCAACAACAACCAACAAUAUGGUUAUAAUUAUACUGGUACCACAUACAAAUCAGGCAAACCACCAUCGAUUGAUUUUGGUAAUUUACGUGAUGCUUUGAUUGAUGCUGCAUAUGAUCAUUUUAAAGAAAUCUUUAAUGAAUUCUCAAAUGGAUUGAAAAAGGAAAUGGCUUCAACAACAACAACAACAACAACAACAACAGCUACUACCUCCAAUACUAAAGAAUCACCUCCAGCCCCUAUUUCAACUCCAGCUGAACCUUUUGUUGAAGAACCUAAAGCUGAAACUAAAACUGAGAUUAAAACUGAAUCAAAGGUUGAACCUGAAGUUGAACCUGAAGUUGAACCUGAAGUUGAACCUGAAGUUGAAACUGAUUCAUCUCCAAUUCAUCCUAAUAUUUGUUGUGAUGUCUGUCAUCCUUAUGAUUUUGUCCCUCUUAAAGGUAUUAGAUAUAAUUGUCUUGUUUGUUCAAAUUUUGAUUUAUGUUCAAAAUGUGAAGCUAAACAACACAUUGAAAAACUUCAAUUUGGACCACAUUCAUAUUUACAUCCAAUGGCUAAGAUUACUUAUCCAACCAUGACCAGUACCAGAGGUUUUGGUUUUGGUUAUACCAACCACUUUAGUAGAGCUAGCAGCAAUUGUGGAUUUGCUAGUACUGGUGGUAUUGGUGGUAUUGGUGGUGGUCGCGACCACCCCCCCCACCACCAUCAACAAUGGACAGCAAAUGAUAUUGUCUAUGAUAUCCCAUUAAAGAAUUGUAAUGCUGAUACUAAACGUAAAUUGGAAGAAUUAUUAAAACUGAAAGGUUUUGAAGGAUUUAUCAAAGAUGUUGAACAUUACAUUUCCAAUUCGGAACGUUAUGAAAAAUUAUGUGCCAUGAUGGAUUUUGAAGAAGAGGAUGAAGAAGUUAAAUAUCUUAUUUUAAUGAGUGCUCUUGAAUACGCCAACAAUGAGUUUAACGAAGAAGAAUUAAUUGCUUCAUUUAAUCAAUCUACUGCUGGUGAUAAUAAACUGAAAGAGAUGACAUCAUCAGAAUCAUCAUCAGCAGCACCACCACCACCACAAGAAUCUGAGUCUGAAACUGAAACUGGUGUACUUAACAUUGAAGGAGAUGUUAUUGCUAGACCUAAAAAUUUCGGUGGUAAUGUUUCUCAAAUUGUUUCUUUACAAUUGAUUAACAAUACCAAUGAAACAAUUCAAGGUGGUGAAUUAUUAUUUGAAUUUUUCAAUCAAGAACAAACUAUCCCGGUCAAAGUUAAAAAUGCUAGUGACAUUAAACCAGGGAGAGUCAAAUAUUAUCAUUUAGGUAAACUCCCUGAAGAAUUCAAAAAGACUGAUGCCAAUAAUAACGUACAGUUGAGAAUUACAUCACCUAAUGCAGUAUUAUUGGGUGAUUAUAAAUUUAAUACUGAUUCAAUGUUAAAAUUACAAAUAAUUGCUGAAUCCAAAAUAACCACUACUUUGGUUGUUAGUGGUUCAACUUUACAAGAAGAGGACUCAUUAGUUUUACAACCAAAUGAUGAAGUCCAAGUCACUUUAGUUCCUAAAUCAAAUACUCUAGCUCAAGCCAUCAUUACUAAUAAAUCUCAUAAGGCAAUUGAUUGUAAUAAUUUAAAACUUGAAAUUAUCAAUUGUUUUGAUAAACCAGUUUCAUCAAUUACUAUACAUAAAAAACAUAGUAUUAUGCCGGGGAAAACUGCUAAAUUUAAUUUCACUUUAAUCAACACUCAUACAAAGUAUCCAUUUAAAUUCAUUUUGCAAAAUGAUUACAAUAUUGCUAGUUGUGAUAUGAAUAAAGAUGAUAUGUCAGGUAAUUUAGUAUUUGAAGAGAAUUGUCCUAUGGAGAUUGAUGAAAGAGAAACUAGUGCCACUUCUUCUUCUUCUUCUUCUGGUACAGAAUCGAUUAUUGAUGACAACGAUAAUGAUAAUAAUAAAGAAGUAAUGGGUGGUACAUCUGGUGAAUUUUCUUCAGGUUCAAUUCAUUCAAUUGUUUUGCCAUCACUUCCAAAAGAAAGUUUUAUUGCUACUUCACGUUAUUUUGAUGCUAAUAGUGAUGUGACAAAUGAACAAAUUGUUAAAGAUAAGGAGGUUUCAGUGAAUGCCGAUGCCAAUGCCGAUGUCGAUUCUGAGGCCAGUACUGAUGAAGAUUAUGAUAUUAUUAGUGGUGCAGAAGAAGAAGAUCCAGUAUCUGAUUUUGAAGUUUUAUCAGCUGUCAGUACUAAUAAUCAAUAA